CCCCAACGGCCCUCAGCCAAUCCCAAAGCGCCCACGCCGCCCGCGCCCAAUCCCAGCGCGCCGCGCUGAUGACUCAUCAGUCGCCGGGAAGACGCCUCGAAAAAAGGGCCCCAACUGCGCCCUCAGCCAAGCCCAGCGCGCCCCAAACCCCCCAAAACGGCGCCGCCCGGCUGGUUUUGGGCUGUCAGCAGCUGUCCGGCGCUGGGCAUGGAGCGUGUGCGGGGAGCUGGGGCCGUGCUGGCGGUGCUGGUGGUGCUGGGAGCCCCCCCGGCUGCGGGCGAGGAGCUGUCGGGGGUGUUCCAGUUUAUGGGAAAGUCCGAGUGUCACUUCAUCAACGGCACCGAGCAGAUGAGGCUCGUGGCGAGGUACAUCUACAACCGGGAGCAGUUUGUGCACUUUGACAGUGACGUGGGGGUCUAUGUGGGGGAUACCCCAUUUGGGGAGAGCUGGGCCAGAUACUUCAACAGCAUCCCGGGAAAGCUGGAGUACCGUCGGUCUGCGGUGGACAGGCUCUGCCGGCACAACUACGACGGGUUCACUCCGUUCCUGGUGAACCGCAGAGUGCCCUCCAGCGUGUCCAUCUCGCUGGUGCCGUCGAGCUCCCAGCCCGGCCCCGGCCGCCUGCUCUGCUCCGGGAUGGAUUUCUACCCUGCGCCGGUGCAGGUGAGGUGGUUCCAGGAUGGGCAGGAGCUGCCGGAGCACGUGGUGGCCACCGACGUGGUCCCCAACGGGGACUGGAGCUGCCAGGUGCUGGUGAUGCUGGAAAUCCCCCCCCGGCGCGGGGUCACCUACAGCUGCCAGGUGGAGCACGUCAGCCUGGAGCACCCCCUCAGCCAGCACUGGGAGAUGCCACCGGACACCGUCCGCAGCAAGAUCCUGGUGGGGGUCGGGGGCUUCGUCUUGGGCUUGGUCUUCCUGGCGCUGGGGCUCGGCUUCUACCUGCGGGAGAAGGUAAAGGGGGGUCCCCAAAUGGGGGGCGUGGCCCCCCCCUUGCUCUCCCACAGCCUCUGCUAA